CCGAGGGACACAGAGAAUCACGGAAAGAGCCAAAGAUGUCGGCUCGGUCAUGUGAUCAGCUGUGUCCAAUCACAGCUGAUCACAUGGGAUAUAUACACUGAUCAUCAGGGCACUGAUGAUCAGUGUGCCCUGAUGAUCAGUGUGGCCCCAGAAGUAACACCUGUCAGUGUCCAUCAGUGCCAGCAGUCAGUGCUCAUCAGUGCCACGUGCCAGUGCCCAUCAAUGCCACAUAUUAGUGCAUACCAGUGCACAUCAAUGCCACAUAUCAGUGCCCAUCUGAGCUGCCUUUUAAUGUCACCCAUCAGUGCCAGUCAGUGCCACCUAUCAAUGCCAAUCAGUGCCACCUAUCAGUGCUGCCAAUCAGUGUUGCCCAUCAGUGCCAGUCAGUGCCGCCUAACAGUGCCAGUUAGUGCCACCUAACCGUGCCAGUCAGUGCCGCCUAUCAGUGCCAUAUAUCAGUG